AUGUCAAGUGUCUGGGCAAAGGCGCACACAGUGUCUGAUUUGGAAUCGGCUAUCAAGGAACGUGCAAAAGACGGACUAUCCGUGCAUUUUUUGGUGGAAUGCACACGUUCCACUCGCUCCGCCUCCACCACCAAACGAUACGCUGGAUCUGUGCACCGAAAUGAGGCAAGUGAGGAAACCCAGGCCCCUGCCUCUUCCCUUCAACUUCUCAAUCGGUUGGCCAGGCUGCCAGGUGUUACAGUGUCCCUCUAUCACAGUCACAAGCUACGCAGCUGGUUUCGUGGACUGGUACCGGAAAGAAUAAAUGAGACAGUCAAUCUGCAGCAUAUCAAAGCUUACGUAUUUGACGACACCGUGAUUGUUAGCGGAGCCAAUCUUAGUGAUGAGUACUUUACUACCCGCCAGGACCGAGCUUGGGUUUUUUCGGACCUACCUCCCCUGGCAGACUUUUACACGGGGCUGGUUAGUGUCAUCUCCUCGCUGUGUUACCGUUUAAAGCCGGAUGGUUCUCUUACCGCCACUUCAUUAGAUCUUGACCCUACUGAAGUGGGCUUUUCCACUUCCGUGGACGCUCCUGUAUUCCCCUGUUUUAGACUGUAUGUACCAGAUGGACUGCUAGCAUUCAGUGUGCUCCAUGCCGCAGAGAGGGCAGUCUAUGCUUUGUCUGCAGGACUGCAGUGA